UUCCAUCCCUCCCAGCGGCGGCCUCCCUCCUCCUCCCCCCUACCAACACGCCCGCCCGCCACCUCCCCCCGUUUCUCAUUCCUGCCACUAGCGCGCUCGGCGGCUCAUUCCGCGGCCGCCGCCAGCUGAGGGGAGCGUCGCGGGCCGAGGAGCAGAUGCCGCGGGGGCCGCUCGCAGCCGCCGCCGACUUGUGAAUGGGACCGGACUGGGGCUGACACCGCCGCGCUCGCCCUGCACCAGAGAUCCACAGCCGGAGGUCGCGUCCACCCGCAAGGGCCCCAGAAAUCACUGUGCUUUCGGCUUGGUGGCUCUGUGACAUUCAUUCGUGUUGUCAUUUGUUGAGUGACCAAUCAGAUGGGUGGAGUAUGUUAUAGAAAUUGGCAGCAAGUAUCCAAUGGGUGAAGAAGAAGCCGACCGGGGAAGUGGGCAGCCCUGACGUGAUGUGCUCAGAGAGCGAAGACAUUCUCUUCCAGGAGAGGUCUGCCUGACGCAUCCGGGAGACUCCCACAGGAAAGACCGCCACUGGGCUGGUGGACGGGUGACAGCCGCAUUCUCCUGUGCCUACCACAUAACCAAAAAUGAAGGAGAACUACUGUUUACAAGCCGCGCUGGUGUGCCUGAGCAUGCUGUGCCACAGCCAGGCCUUUGCCCUGGAGCGACGAAGCCACCUGCGGCCCUCAUUCUACGGACACCACGAGAAGGGCAAGGAGGGGCAGGUGCUGCAGCGUUCCAAGCGAGGCUGGGUCUGGAACCAGUUCUUUGUGAUAGAGGAGUACACCGGGCCUGACCCUGUGCUCGUGGGCAGGCUUCAUUCCGAUAUUGACUCUGGUGAUGGGAACAUCAAAUACAUUCUCUCAGGUGAAGGAGCCGGAACCAUUUUUGUGAUUGAUGACAAAUCAGGGAACAUUCAUGCCACCAAGACAUUGGACCGAGAGGAGAGAGCCCAGUACACACUGAUGGCUCAGGCGGUGGACAGGGACACCAAUCGGCCACUGGAGCCACCGUCAGAAUUCAUCGUCAAGGUCCAGGACAUUAAUGACAACCCUCCAGAGUUUCUGCACGAGACCUAUCACGCCAACGUGCCUGAGAGGUCCAAUGUGGGAACAUCUGUAAUCCAGGUGACAGCUUCAGACGCAGAUGAUCCCACCUAUGGAAACAGUGCCAAGUUAGUGUACAGUAUCCUUGAAGGACAGCCCUACUUUUCAGUGGAGGCCCAGACAGGUAUCAUCAGAACAGCCCUUCCCAACAUGGACAGGGAAGCCAAGGAGGAGUACCACGUGGUGAUCCAGGCCAAGGACAUGGGUGGACACAUGGGCGGACUCUCAGGGACAACCAAAGUGACGAUCACACUGACUGAUGUCAAUGACAACCCACCAAAGUUUCCGCAGAGUGUAUACCAGAUGUCUAUCUCCGAAGCAGCUGUCCCCGGAGAGGAAGUAGGCAGAGUGAAGGCUAAAGACCCAGACAUUGGAGAAAACGGCUUAGUGACCUACAACAUCGUUGAUGGAGACGGCAUGGAACUGUUCGAAAUCACCACAGACUAUGAGACCCAGGAGGGCGUGGUGAAGCUGAAGAAGCCCGUAGAUUUUGAAACCAAAAGAGCAUAUAGCUUGAAGGUAGAAGCAGCUAAUGUGCACAUCGACCCGAAGUUCAUCAGCAACGGACCUUUCAAGGACACUGUCACGGUCAAGAUCGCAGUAGAAGAUGCUGACGAGCCCCCCAUGUUCUUGGCCCCAAGUUAUAUCCAUGAAGUCCAAGAAAAUGCAGCUGCUGGCACUGUGGUUGGGAGAGUUCAUGCCAAAGACCCUGAUGCUGCCAACAGCCCGAUAAGGUAUUCCAUUGAUCGUCAUACUGACCUCGACAGGUUUUUCACUAUUAAUCCAGAGGAUGGUUUUAUUAAAACUACGAAACCUCUGGAUAGAGAGGAAACUGCCUGGCUCAACAUCUCUGUCUUUGCAGCGGAAAUCCACAAUCGGCAUCAGGAAGCCAAAGUCCCAGUGGCCAUUAGGGUCCUUGAUGUCAACGAUAAUGCUCCCAAAUUUGCUGCCCCUUACGAAGGGUUCAUCUGUGAGAGUGAUCAGACCAAGCCACUUUCCAACCAGCCAAUUGUUACAAUUAGUGCAGAUGACAAGGAUGACACAGCCAAUGGACCAAGAUUUAUCUUCAGCCUACCCCCUGAAAUCAUUCACAAUCCAAAUUUCACAGUCAGAGACAACAGAGAUAACACGGCAGGGGUGUAUGCCCGGCGUGGAGGCUUCAGUCGGCAGAAGCAGGAUCUAUACCUCCUGCCCAUAGUGAUCAGCGAUGGCGGGAUCCCGCCCAUGAGCAGCACCAACACCCUCACCAUCAAAGUCUGUGGGUGCGAUGUGAACGGGGCGCUGCUCUCCUGUAACGCGGAGGCCUACAUCCUGAACGCCGGCCUCAGCACAGGGGCGCUCAUCGCCAUCCUCGCCUGCAUCGUUAUCCUCCUGGUCAUCGUAGUGCUGUUUGUGACCCUAAGAAGGCAAAAGAAAGAACCCCUGAUUGUUUUUGAGGAGGAGGAUGUCCGUGAGAACAUCAUCACCUACGAUGACGAAGGAGGCGGGGAGGAAGACACCGAAGCCUUUGACAUCGCCACCCUGCAGAACCCCGACGGCAUCAAUGGAUUUAUUCCGCGCAAAGACAUCAAGCCCGAGUACCAGUACAUGCCCAGACCUGGGCUUCGGCCAGCGCCCAACAGCGUGGACGUGGAUGACUUCAUCAACACCAGAAUACAGGAGGCGGAUAACGACCCUACGGCUCCCCCAUACGACUCCAUCCAAAUCUAUGGCUACGAGGGCAGGGGCUCGGUGGCCGGGUCCCUGAGCUCCUUAGAGUCGGCCACCACCGACUCGGACUUGGACUACGACUAUCUACAGAACUGGGGACCUCGUUUUAAGAAACUAGCAGACUUGUAUGGUUCCAAAGACACUUUUGAUGACGAUUCUUAACAAUAACAAUACAAAUUUGGCCUUAAGAACUGUGUCUGGCGUUCUCAAGAAUCUAGAAGAUGUGUAAACAGGUAUUUUUUUAAAUCAAGGAAAGGCUCAUUUAAAACAAGCAAAGUUUUACAGAGAGGAUACAUUUAAUAAAACUGCAAGGACAUCAAAGUGGUAAAUACUGUGAAGUACCUUUUCCCACAAAAAAAAAAAAAAAGAAAAAGGCAAAUAUUGAAGUUGUUUAUCAACUUCGCUAGAGAAAAACCACU